CCGCAGAGAGCGCCGGCCCGGCGGCCGCGGGGAUGCUGCGCUACAGCUCGGGGCUCACGGUCACCGCCACCACCCCCCGGAGACCGCCCGGCGACGGCGGCCGCUCCCGGCGGAAGAUGAACGUGUGUAGGCUACGCUUAACGGUGCCACCUGAUGAAGUGUCACAGGCUGAACAGGGACCAAAGGAAACUGAGAGAAAGAAAAGUGAUCUCUACCAUGUGCCAAACGGGAUCUCUCCAGGGAAGCUCUCUCAUGGGAUGGUGUAUGGUGUUGUGCACCGAACUGACAACAACCAUAAGAGAGAAAUGGUGGUUUAUGGCUGGUCAGCUGAUCAGCUGAAAGAGGAGAUGAAUUACAUUAAAGAAGUGAGAGCAACUCUGGAAAAAGUAAGAAAGAAAAUGUAUGGUGAAUAUGAUGAAAUGAAACGAAAAAUACAGCAGCUUACAAAUGAACUGAAAGUGACAAAUGCUCAUCAGGAAUCCUUAGAGAAUCAUGUGCGAGUGCAGGCUGCAGCCUUAGAUAGCUUUAGUGAAAUGAACAGCUCCUUGACAUCAGCAUCAAUAGACUUGCAGAAAACUCUAGUGGAUGUUACUUUGGAGAACACUGACAUAAGGGAACAAAUAAGGAAUUUAAAACAUACACAUGAGCAAUCCAUGGAAAAGCUGAGAGAGAAGCAAAAGCAACUGGAAACGGCGCAAAUUGAAAAUCAGUUACUGAAGUUAAAGGUGGAAUCAUCACAGGAAGCCAAUGCUGAAGUCAUGAGAGAGAUGACCAGAAAGCUGUACAGUCAGUUUGAGGAAAAAAUGCGAGAAGAGGAACAGAAACACAAGGCUGAGAAAGAAAUGCUCCUGGAGGAAACAAAUCGGCUUCUGAAGGCUAUUGAAGAGGCAAACAAGAAGAUGCAGAUCACAGAAACAAGCAUACAGGAGAAAGACCAGAGAAUUGGUGAGCUGGACCGGCUGAUUGAACGCAUGGAAGAGGAACGUCACCAGCUGCAAAAACAACUUGAAUUACAUGAACUACAAAUAUCUGGAGCAAAAUCUGAAAGCAACUCUGACAGUGAAAGGUCGCAGCAUUUGGAGGAGGCAGCAGCCAGCCUGAGAGAGCGGAUCAAGCAUCUGGAUGACAUGGUCCACUGCCAGCAGAAGAAAGUCAAGCAUAUGGUUGAGGAGAUUGAAAUGUUAAGGAAGAAAGUAAAAGAAAAGGAAUUAUUUAUAAUACAGCUUUUAGACAAAAUCUCUUUCUUAGAAUGUGAGAAUAAAGAAUUACAAGAUAAACUGGACUACUUAAUGGAAAACCAACCGAAGACCAAUAUAGAGACCAGAGAUACUGGUGUAGAAUGCGACCUUCCGUACAGCACAAGCACUGAGAACAGACCUCCCGAGAGUCCGAGGCCAGUGAGGACAUACACCCCAUUCAAGAGAGUGCUGGAGUUUAGCACAAAGAGCAGCACAUCCUGA